CCUAUGAAAUCUGUCUCAACCUACAGCUGCCUGAGACAGACUUUACCUGUCUCGACUUUAUUUACUAUGCUUGUCAUCAGUCUGGAUAAAACGUCUUUGUGAAACCGUUACCCUCUGAAGUGGUUGUGGAUGUAUAUUAAUUGUGUUCUACUAUUCUGACAUGGCUGACUACAGUUCUCAACAGCCAGCCUCCUCUAAGCUGGACUCUGUGCAGGGCCAAGUCAACGAAGUCAAAGUUAUACUCAAAGACAACAUUAACAAAGUUCUGGAGAGGGGAGAGAGGUUAGAUGACUUGGUUGACAAGACACAUGACCUACAAGCAACCGCAGACUCCUUUCAGAGGACAUCCACACGGGUAGCCCGGAAGUACUGGUGGAAGAACGCCAAGAUGAUGAUCAUCAUUGGAGUGAUAGUUCUGAUCAUUCUCAUCCUCAUCAUCCUGUUUGCUACAGGUGUCAUCCCCAGUUAAAUCACCUCAGACUCCUACAGUACUACAUUAUCAACACGAGGAAAAGGACGAACCACAAUCACCGAGUCAUUUUUUGAAUUUUAUUUUAGUCUCCUCCAAGGCGGAUUCAAGGUGGAUUGUGCAUAGUAACGUGACAAAAUAUAAUUUCACAUUACGACUUUUGUAAAUAAGCUUCCUGGAAUUUGUUUGGCUGUUUUUGGAUUAUAUGGAUCUGUUCAUUUGAUAUUUAAUAAGAUACAUUUCAUAAUGUU